AUGGAAUAUAGCAACGAAGUUGUAGCAAAAAUUCCUUGCCCAAAUGCUGGGGUACCCUCUCUGACGACAGCAUCAGACGUGGCCACCUUGGAGUUUUUAAGAACACAUACAUCAACUCAGAGAGUCACACUCGCCGACAGCUGGGAUACAAUGAGUACUUUGGAGCGCUACAAAGUGACUGACCGCGUUGUGGAAAUGGAGAAGGAGCUUUACACUGUUCAGUUCCCCGCGUACGGAAGCCUCUACCGAGAUUCGGUGCCGCAUGACUGUCAUUAUCACCCACUCCCGCCUAAUUUAGACCCUACUGGGCUGUUCUAUAUUGGACCGUCCUGUAGUCGAACAGUGUGGCAUCGGAACUCGAAAGAUAUAUCUGAGCCGGAUGUUGGCCCGUGUUUAAUAUUCGCUUCAUUUGGUUAUUUCCAGCUCCUGACACAUAUGAAGCGACCACUUUCUGGGAGCUUGUUCUAUCCAGCCCAAGACCAACAGCCCAAUCAUUUUAGUCAGAGUCAGUCGGCUGAGGAGUAUAAAUACCUCUUGGAGAAGGUGAUACAGGUCUUGCUAAUUCUAUCGCAAGACUCACAUGUGCUAGAAGGCACAAGCCCAGUCAUAGGGCAUACUAAUUUACAUCUUGGAAAUAUCUACGUUUCUCGCGAGGAUCCAACUCUCAUUGAGGGGAUCAUUGAUUGGCAGUCAACUCAAGUAGCUCCUCUACUGAUACAGGCGCGGUUUCCAGGCUUCCUCAGGCCGCCAAAAACCUACGAGUCGGGUACUGAAGUCCCUAGCUUAUCAACCAGCUUUGAUGAGCUGGGCCCCAGCGAGAAAGCAAAGAUUACCAGUGAAAAUGAGUUAGCGUCACGAUCCAAGUACUACGAGAUGUCUUGCCUUGCAUACAACAAACGCGUCUACAAUGCAAUGGAGCUUGACAGAAGGCUAUGGGGGCCUUUCACCUGUUGCCAACUUUUUUUCAAGUGGCAGCUUGGUUCUACUACGAAACUCUCCGGUUCGCAUUUUCAAGACUGGAAUGUCUUUGAUCUCCCAGAAAAUUGCACGCAAGAAGAGUUACAAGGAUAUGAUGAGCAGGUGGUACAGUACCAAGACAGGCUAUAUCUGUGGGAUAUUGCAAAGACCCAGCUUUGUACUGCUGACAGUGGCUGGGUGCCGAUGUUUAUUAUAUCUCCCUCUUUGCCUGCUCAAUCAACACUUGUGUCACGCGCUUGCCUUCUUCUGGCCGCUCUCUUUCUGGGGCAUUCUUGUUCACCUGAGCUGUUGCGAGCUUCCCGUGAGGGUUCUUCCGCAACCAGUCCUUUAGUCGUUCGCUUUUUCCUGACUGUUUACUUGACGAUACACAUUAUAAUAGCCUGGCUUAUCCUUGACUUCCUCUCCCAUAUCAAUUUGGCAUUGAUACUCCGCAUUGAGGGCUCCAGGACACUCGGCUAUUCUUAAGCACUCGACCUGACAGUCUAGCCAGGAUAUCGAGCGCCAAGUUACAGAAACGAUUGGUUUGGUCUUCCGUAGAUUGGCACCUAGUCAAUGCGUCAAAUUGAAGGAGACUUACGCGAUGAACGAAUAAGAGGCAAAGUCUAAGCGCUGAAUCUCUGAAUAACUUGAUAGCGCCAAACGCAAUAGG